CGCACCCGCCGCCCUCACCGCCCUCACCCCUCCCAGUGCUGCCGUAAAUCCAACCCGUGGCCGCCAAGCGAUCCCGACUCUGUGCGACUGGGUGUGCGCGCGCACGCGGCCGAGCCCCGACUCGCUUUACGGCAGUAGUUUGAGCGCGUGACGUUGGCCCUCGGCUUCAGUUCGCACGUGGCGCCCGAGGAGGCACGGUGUCCCUGAAGUCUCUUCUGCUUCCGCAGCGUCCACUGCCAGCAUGAAACGGCCAAAGUUAAAGAAAGCAAGCAAACGUAUGACCUGCCAUAAGCGGUAUAAAAUCCAAAAAAAGGUCCGAGAACAUCACCGUAAAUUAAGGAAGGAAGCUAAAAAACGGGGUCACAAGAAGCCUAGGAAGGACCCUGGAGUUCCAAAUAGUGCUCCCUUUAAAGAGGCUGUUCUUCGUGAAGCUGAACUAAGGAAACAGCAGCUUGAAGAACUAAAGCAGCAGCAGAAACUUGAUAGGCAACAAGAAAGGAAAAGAAAACUUGAAGUUAACCCUGGUGAUGAGCAAUUCAAUGUGGAACCUAAGCAGGAAUGUGAAGAACCCAAAACGAAGAGAGCUAAAUCAGGAAAACAGAAUCCAAAGAAGUUGCACUGUCGGGAACUUAAAAAGGUGAUUGAGGCCUCAGAUGUCGUGUUAGAGGUUUUGGAUGCCAGAGAUCCUCUUGGCUGUAGGUGUCCUCAGGUCGAAGAAGCUGUUGUCAAAAGUGGACAUAAGAAGCUGGUACUUGUAUUAAAUAAAUCAGAUCUAGUACCAAAGGAGAAUUUGGAGAACUGGCUAAAUUACUUGAAUAAAGAAUUGCCAACAGUGGUGUUCAAAGCCUCAACAAACAUGAAGUACAGAGAGAAGAUCCUCAAGGUAAAGAAGAAACCUGUUCCAUUGCAAAGUAAAACCUGCUGUGGCAAGGAUGCACUCUAUAAGCUUCUUAAAAGUUUUCAGCAGUCAUGUGGGAAAGAUAUUCAGGUUGGAGUAAUUGGUUUCCCAAAUGUGGGGAAAAGCAGCAUCAUUAAUAGUUUAAAACAAGAAUGGAUAUGUAAUGUUGGAGUUCCCAUGGGACUUACAAGGAGCAUGCAGGUUGUCCCUUUGGACAAGCAGAUCACAGUCAUAGAUAGUCCAUGCUUCAUUAUUUCACCCAGUAACUCCCCUACUGCACUUGCUCUCCGGAGUCCAACAAGCAUUGAAGUACUAAGACCACUAGAGGCUGCCAGUGCCAUUCUAUCCCAGGCUGAUAGUCAACAGGUGGUUUUAAAAUACACUGUCCCAGAGUUUAAGGAUUCUUUGGAUUUUUUUACUAAACUUGCUCAGAGAAGAGGUCUGCACCAAAAGGGUGGAGGCCCAAGUGUGGAAAGUGCUGCUAAGCUGCUGUGGUCUGAGUGGACAGGUGCCUCAUUAGGUUACUACUGUCAUCCUCCUGCUUCCUGGACUCUUUCUCCACAUUUCAGUGAGAGUGUUACAGAAAACAUGAAGAGGGGCUUUAAUGUGGAGGACUUAGAAAUGAGUAAUGCACACAGCAUACAAGUCCUCAAGGGCCUUCAUUUAACUAACAGAAUCCUUUUCCGGUCUUCGGGCCUGACAAAUGGAAUAAUAGAAGAAACAGACAUACCCGAAGAAUUGCCAAGACACAAAGAAAACAGACAGGGUGGUGAAGAUGAUGGAAAUGGUGAUGGUGAAAAUAAUGCAGACAUCUCAGAUGCACCCCCUGUAGAAGAUACCACAGAGAUGUUACCUGUGGAAUCAACAGCAAGUAAACCAUCUGACAGCUCAUUUGCCGUGGAUAAAAUGCGUAAAGAGGAUGAUGAUGUCUAUGACUUUAGAACAGAUUAUGUAUAACUGCUACAGAUGUUAAUGUUUUGUGUACAGUGUCCCAGACUGGUUUGGCACAAACUGUAAAUCUUGUGAAUAUGUAUCAUAUAUAUAUAAAAGCAAACUACAAAAGUGCUUACAUGCA